GGGGCUUUUGCCAUUUUUUCCAUCUCUCUCCCCUCUCUCUCUCCAUCCACCUCUCUCUCACUCUCUCUCUCUUUUUUCUCUGCUCUCCUUUCUCAAAAAAGCCAUGACGGCGAUCCCGCGAUCCAUCUUCGCCUCCGCGCCAUCUUUGUAUUAUUUCUAAUUUAUUUUUUUAUGUGGAUGUCAAAGGCGUUGGAUGAAGAUAUUUUCUUGCCCCACCGGAGUCUCCUCUCUAACCCCGGCUCUCCCCGAUGUGAUCCGCGCUGAACGCCGCCGCCGCCAGCCACCAUGUCUCGCCGCAAGCAAGGCAAACCCCAGCACUUAAGCAAACGGGAUUUUUCGCCAGCCGAGCCCCUCUCCACGGCCGUUGUCUCGUCGGAGGAGCUGUUGGAACGCUGCUCGCAGCAUUCGGAGGAGAGCGGCAGCCUCAACGGGCACCACCCAGGCUCGACUGUGAGCCGGCUGGCCCGGCUGGGUCAUGACGCUCACCCCUCUCUGGAGCAGGACCUGCUGACCUGCGGCCAGUGCCAGGCCACCUUCCCCCUGGCGGACAUUCUGCUCUUCAUUGAGCACAAGAGGAAGAGAUGCAACGGGCCGCCCUGCCUGACGGUGGGCCGGGGGCUGGACAAGCCGCCCUCGCCCUCCCCAGGGCUGGCUCUCACCCCAUCACCCGCUUUUGGCUCCCUACGUGGCAGGAGGCCUGUGGAAGUGGGUGUCCAAGCCACGCUCGCAGACGACGACGAAGACCGGCUCUCGACGCCGCGGGGGAUUUGCCCCAAGCAGGAGCCCCUCCCAGGUAAAGAGGAGCCCACCACCUAUACCUGCACAACAUGUAAGCAGUCGUAUGGCAGUGCCUGGUUCCUGCUACAACAUGCCCAGAACACCCACGGCUUCCGAAUCUACCUGGAAAGUGAACACGGCAGCCCUCUCACCCCACGCAUGGGAGGGCCCUCGUCCCUGGGCGGAGGUGCAGACUGCCCCUCUCAGCCUCCCCUUCACGGCCUCCAUCUGCCUCCAGAUGCAAGCCCCUUCAACCUUCUCCGCAUUCCCGGCUCGGGCUCAGGUGGAAGGGACAGCGUCGGAGCAGGGGGUGGAGUCGGUGCCAGUGGCGCUGUUGGUGGAGGCCAUCAUCAGCGUUUCCCACCCACGCCGCCCCUUUUCAGCCCCCCACCGAGGAACCACCUGGACCCUCACCACCUGAGCCCAGAGGAACUGGCGCUGGCAGCCCACCACCCGAGUGCCUUUGACAGGGUGCUGCGCCUCAAUCCUCCUCUGCCCCUGGACCCCCCUCCAACUAUGGACUUCUCACGACGGCUAAGGGAGCUGGCGGGCAACACCUCAGGGUCCUCUCCCCCACUAUCCCCCAGCAGGCCCAGCCCCAUGCAGCGCUUGCUCCAGCCAUUCCAGACAGGAGGAGGAAAUGGAGGAACAGGAGGAGCAGGGGCAAGCAAACCUCCAUAUCUUGCCACCCCACCCCCUCUUCCGGGUUCCAUGCAGUCACCUGUGGGCUCUCAGACCACCCCUACCACCCCUCUCCCUUCAGGAGGGGCACCACCCUCCUCCACUACCCCCCUGAAAUCAAAAUGUUGUGAGUUUUGUGGCAAAGCCUUCAAGUUUCAGAGUAAUCUCAUAGUUCACAGGCGCAGCCACACAGGAGAGAAGCCGUACAAGUGUCACCUGUGUGAUCACGCCUGUACCCAGGCUAGCAAACUCAAACGCCACAUGAAAACACACAUGCACAAAUCCUCCUCACCCAACACAGGCAAGUCAGAAGAUGGCCUGUCGACAGCCUCGUCUCCAGAACCUGGAACCAGCGAGCACAUGGGCAGCGCAAGCAAUGCCCUAAAGUCAGUUGUGGCCAAGCUGAAAAGUGAGAACGACCGCAUGCUGCGUGAGAACGGGGAAGAGGAGGAGGAGGAAGAGGAGGAAGAAGAAGAGGAGGAGGAGGAAGAAGAAGAGGAGGAAGAGGAGGAGGAGGUAGAAGAGGAGGAGGAGCAGCAAAAUGGAGAAAGGGCGGCCAGGAGAAACAACAACAGCUAUCAUUUUGGUUUGAACCUCGAAGCAGCGCGUCAGCAUGAAAACAACGGUGGGAUCGGGAGCCGACUGGGAGGCGUGGCUGACGAGGGGUCCAUUCCUCGCUCACUGCCUGAGGUGAUGCAGGGGAUGGGUCUAGCUGCCAGCAUGCAGCACUUCAGUGAAGCCCUGAACGCACACAAACGGAACGCCCUGGCCCAGGAAAACCACCUGCACCACCACCUCAACCGAGACCAUCACCAUAAUCGUGACAUGUGUGAUGGGGACUCGGCACUGGAAACGGAGCGUGGGGAAGAGGGUUCUGUCUCGACAGUCAAUGGGCGCGGUGCGUCCCCCAAUGAAUCAGCCUCUGUUGGCCUCUCUAAGAAACUGCUGCUGGGUAGCCCUAGUCCACUCAGCCCAUUCUCUAAACGCAUCAAGAUGGAAAAGGAGUUUGACCUCCCCACUCCCACAAUCCCUAACACAGAGAACGUCUACUCCCAGUGGCUGGCUGGCUACGCUGCCUCCCGACAACUCAAGGACCCUUUUCUGAACUUUGGGGAUUCCAGACAAUCGCCCUUCGCCUCUUCAUCCGAGCACUCUUCGGAGAAUGGCAGUCUGCGUUUCUCAACCCCUCCGGGGGAAUUGGACGGUGGGAUGUCAGGUCGCAGUGGUACAGGCAGUGGGGGCAGCACGCCACACCUUGGGGGUCCUGGGCGGCCCAGCUCCAAGGACGGCCGCAGGAGCGAUACUUGUGAGUUUUGUGGCAAGGUGUUCAAGAACUGCAGUAACCUGACAGUGCACCGGCGCAGCCAUACAGGGGAGAGACCGUACAAGUGUGAGCUGUGCAAUUAUGCCUGUGCCCAGAGCUCCAAACUUACUCGCCACAUGAAGACCCACGGUCAGGUGGGCAAAGACGUGUACAAGUGUGAAAUUUGUCAGAUGCCCUUCAGUGUCUACAGCACCUUGGAGAAACACAUGAAAAAAUGGCACAGUGACCGUCCUUUGAGUACCGAAAUAAAGUCAGAGUAGAAGGCCGAACUAUGAGACCUUUCCCUGCAGCUAUGUCCGCCAUUAGUCCCCUGUUUAUUCCCGGCCCCUUGUAGAUUUGCCCCAACCCCAACACUCCACUUUCACCAGCCUGGUGGAAGCUCAAGACCAUGUGCUCUGCACCAGCACACCCCGUUUCCAUUACCCAUUGAAUGCAUGAUCUGUAUCGGGGCAAUACUCUUGCAUUGACGCAAAACUUCGAGCCUUUCUCUUGUGCAAUAAUUUACAUGUUGUGUACUAUUUUUCUUUUUUGAGUUUUCCUUUUCCAUUUUUAAGACUUAGUCAGCAUGCAUAGUAUGUUUUUGCUAAUCAAAAAAAAGAAGAACCUGUCCCUGGUUGGUUAGUUGUUGAGUAAAUGUGUUGCUGUUUUUCUCUUGUUCUGUUUUUUCUUUUUAUUCUUCAAAAAGAGAAAAGACAAGAAAGGUACAUCCAUGCUGCAUACAUUCUGUAACACAUAUCAUGUACAGUUUUGUGUUGUAACAUGGAAAAUGAACAGUCUUUGACUUGACCCUCUUCUGACAACCCUGGAAAUGCACUUAUCCUCAUCUUUCUAAAAGAUACCACAUUCACACAGGGUUAAAGAAAAUCAAAAUCGUACAUUGGCUUAAACUGAAAGUAAUGUCAGCCUUCAAAAUUCUUUCAAAAAUGACAAGGGUGUGCUAAGAAUUAAAUUUGUACUAUCAUUUGGUAGAAUAAGAAAGAGUGCCUUUGAUAUCUCAAGACUGCAUUGGCCAUAAUCUUAUCUGGUUUAUGUUUGGGGUCUCGCUAGAUAAAGCUAGAAGGUCUUAGCCACCCAGGAAAGGUCCUUGCAUCAAGCACCUGAACACUCAGACUGUGACAACUCAUGAUGAAAGAUCAGAUAGUUAAUCAUCAUUUAGCUACCUAUUAUGUGUUCAAUAGGCUAUCUUUAAUAUGUGGAUUUCAUGGCAAGCAUGGUACAAGCAGUAUUGUGUAUAUCUGAAUUAUUUGUAGUUUUGUUUCUGGUAAGGAGGUACUUUUGAGAUAAAGGUAAUCUGUAAUGUACAAUCCUGAACUUGAGGGAUACAGCGCAUGGCUGAGAAGUGUCAUGUAUCUGCGUUAGCACAAACCUACAACGCUGCUUCGAUAUGUCAGUGUGUGGAACAAUGCAUAAAGUAAUAUAUGAGCUCGAAGUGAGGCUAACUUUAGUUGAGAGCAUUGAAAUAACUACAAGCUAGACAGACAGAAAGCUACACAGAACUGGAAGCUACGUACAUAUUAUGGGGAUCAGAGGCAAUCUCUUUCACGUACAUUUCUAGUAUUAAAACAGGGUGAUUAUAAAUUACAUAAAAAUGAAAGAAUUGCAAAAAAAUAUAUAUCUGUACUCCAAGACUCUUGAAAAGAGUGAAAAUGUGAUAAUUUUGAUCAGUAUGCAUAGGCUAAUGCAGGGCACAUUUUUUAUUUGCUGUUGCUUUUUUACCCAAACUGAGACUUUUCUUUUUUCCCCCCCUUGAGUUUUUAUCCAAGCUGUUUGUAGUAUAGCACUUGUCACUCUGCCUGAGAGGAAAUAUCAGCAUCUCUCUUGCAUUGUCACACACUGUUGCAAUGUUGGUACCUGGGUUGAGUCCAAAAGCUCAAUUUCUUGUCAUUUAUAGGACAUGACGUGCACUGUUUAAAUCGUCCCGGUUUACAAGUUUACGCUGAAGUGGAAACCGUUGAAAUGCUGUCAGAUCACGAGGGUCCCAUUGUUGGAAGCAGUAAAAGAUGAGACACAUAAUCUGUUGCCAGCAGCUCCAGCUUCAUGACCCUUGACCUCUGUACCCUUGCUGUUUCACCUUUGACCAUUUGUCAAUUUGUUCCCCCUAGAAACCCCAGUGCUUAGCCUGGGCCCAAAAUCUGCCCGAUCUGCAAGGCCUGUAAAUGAAAAGGAUUGAUGUGAAAUACGUCAGCGCUCCCACGUUGCCACAAAACCGAUACACGGAGCUGUAUUUCAUCGUCUACACCUGAAUAAUCUACAGACCUUGCUGGCUAGACAACAGACACCUAAAUCUUGUUGCUCACACUGCAAGAAUCCGUUUUUGUAUAAAUCUUCCUUUAAUUAUAGAUAUGAAAAUAAACUUUUUUUUUUUUUUUUUUUUUUUUGCAAAUAACACUUCACUAUCUUUUAGGGGAAACUGUAUUUAAGUUUCGUUGUCGUUUCUCUUUUCCUCAGCGUCUUGGUGGUGUUCAAGACUCCGAUCACAGUAUAUAUGAGAAGAUAAAAAAAAGACGAAAAACUAAAAAAAAAAAAAGAAGACAAAAACAAACAAAAAAAAAAUCUGUGAUGGUUUUUUGUAUUUUAUUUUGCCUUGGCUCUUCACAGCUCUUCAGGUUGAAAUACAAUUUGCAUUGGGGAAAGGAUUAAGAUUAUAUAUGAAUAUAUAAUAAAGAACUUAAAAUAUAGGAAAAUGCACACUCAUGUCGAUUCCUAUGCUUAAACACAUUUAUGGUCUACUUUUUCUGUAUUUCUAGAAUUGUAUUUGAAUUCAAUGUUCACUUAGAGUAGGCACUAUAGUAUUUAUAUUGAGGCUCGUAUUUUUAACUGUUGCUUGUUCUCUCUAAAGGUAUUUACCAUACCUUUUUUUGGUAGUGGAAAAAAAUCCCAAGCUGCCACGGUAUAUUUUUUUAAUUUGGCAGGAUAAUAUAGUGCGAAUUAUUUGUAUGUUUAAAGAAAUAAAAGGAAAAACCCCAUAAAAAAGCAGCUAAAGUAUGUGGCAUUGGGAGGCGUCGUGGGCCAUCAGAUGGCUGCCGCUCUGUUUCCUGUCCACAGAGGUGGUUGUACAUAUCUUCUUUGGUUUUUUGGUUCGGACCUCCUUCCCCCUCCUGCUGCCAUUCUUGUAUGCAGUAAUGCAAGCUGACGUCGGCCUGUUCUGUUGUGUGCUUCUGUCUCUCUCACCCCUCCCACCUGACUACAUUCCAACAUCAAGAAGAGAGGAAAAAAAAAAAGAAAAAAAAACUUCAUAUGCAGUACAUGGAUUACAAAAAAAAAAGCGUCAAAAUAAAUACAUUUAAAAAGAAAUUAAAUGUUUUGCAGUUUUUUUUUUCAUUGCCAAAUACUAAAUGGUGCUUUAUAUUUAGAUUGGGUAUACUUUCAUAUGCAAAGCAUAUUUAAAAAUGACCCGGGGGACGUGGAGAAGCCUGCUUGAGUUGAGACUUUUUUGUAAAUGGCAAUGCGGAAUAUUUUGUUAUCAGCCUUUUCUAUUCCUGUUCUGAGAGCUGUUUGUUGUAACUUGAACUUGAACUUUAUCUUUUACUAUGGGAGUUACUAUUUAUUAUUACCUAUAUGCUCUGUUCAAAACAGAGACAUGGAAUGGAUCCUUAUGUUUGGUUUCUUUUUAUUUUAUUUUUUUAUUUUUUGUUAUAAUAUAUAUUUUUUUCUUUGUAAGGGUGGCCGAUGGUCAUUGGACAAACCUAGCUCUUUAUUUUUUGUUGUACUUGUUUGGGGUCUCUGUUCAGUUGUAUUGGGAAAACCACUGUCUGUGUUUUCUGGCAGAUGUCUGCAUAAUCCUGUUCACACACCCAUUUUGUCCCUUUAUCGAAAAACAAUUAAUAAAAAAAAGAAAGUAUAACAGCA